UCAUUCGCUGACUUGUGCUCGACGUGACUCGAGAGCGUGCUCCUGAAACGAGAACGAAAACCAAAGGCCAAAACACGCAUGCAUGAACACACAAAAAACAGACAAAGCAGAGGCAGAGCCACCGGUCUGUGCUUUCUCUUCCUGAUGCAGUAACGCAGCCUGGAACCUGAGUGGACUUUUCCUCCACUUUUUUAAUUUUUUUAUUAACAGGAUACCUUGUUGAGUCGAUCAAGAGUGGGUAGGUCAGGUAGAAAGGCUGGUUGGACUGUGCUGCCAGCAUGCUCGGGAAGUCUCUGAGCAUCCUGAAGCAGUUGGGCACUGCGACAAGGUCACAAGAUGCUACCGACCUUCUACAUGAAGACCUGGUUAUGGUGGAGCAGAGGAUUGAACCGGCCAGGAAGGCAGCUCAGGUCCUCCAUAAAAAGCUGCAGGGAUGCAUGCAGAGUCAACCGGGGCUGGAGGCCGAAAGACGAAUGAAAAAGCUUCCUCUGAUGCUUCUGUCUGUCAGCAUGGCAGAAAGUCUGAAAGACUUCGAUGCAGAGUCCUCAAUCAGGAGGGUGCUGGAAAUGUGCUGUUUCAUGGAGAAGAUGUUGGCCAACAUGCUGGCAGACUUUGAGGUGAAAGUGGAGAAGGAGGUCCUGGAGCCACUAAACAAGCUUAGCGAGGAUGAUUUACCUGAAAUUCUAAGGAACAAAAAGCAGUUUGCAAAGCUCACAACAGAUUGGAACAAUGCAAGAAUGAGGAGUCAGGCUAGCACUGGACCUCAGGCAAAGCAGGAUGGGCUUAGGGAAGAAAUGGAAGAAGCUUGGAGGAAGCUGGAGAGCAUCAAGGACCAGUACUCUGCAGACCUGUAUCACUUUGCAACUAAGGAGGAUGACUAUGCAAAUUACUUUAUUCGUCUUCUGGAGCUGCAGGCAGAAUACCACAAGAAUUCUCAUAUGUUCCUGGAUAGAAACAUCAGCGAACUCAAAGAGGAUCACAGUCAAAAAGAGCCAUCACAAAGCCUCUCCAACCAGAAGGUCUACGGGGAGCCUCUGCUCUCACAUUUGUCUCAAAGCAACAGAGAAAUCGCGGUGCCCAUCCAGGAGUGUAUUCACAUGCUGCUGAGAACAGGCAUGAGAGAGGAGGGUCUGUUUCGCUUGGCCGCUGCAGCCUCGGUGGUGAAGAGGCUGAAGACAUGUCUGAAUCAAGGGACGGUGGACCACAGCGAGUUCAGCAUGGACCCUCACGCCGUGGCAGGAGCUUUGAAGUGUUACCUCCGAGAACUUCCCGAACCUCUAAUGACGUUUGACCUCUACAAUGACUGGUUUAAAGCAGCAGGGGAGAAAGAGCUGUCAGAGAAGCUGGAGCAAUUCAAGAUACUUCUAAAGAAACUGCCACCUGAAAACUACAACAACCUCAGGUACCUGGUCCAGUUCUUGUCUCUGUUGUCUGAGCAGCAGGCUGUAAACAAAAUGACACCAAGUAAUGUCGCCAUCGUCCUGGGACCAAACCUGCUCUGGCCGCGAGCUGAGGGGGAAGCUGCUCUCUUUGACAUGGCUUCAGCUUCUUCAGUCCAGGUGGUGACAGUCAUUGAGCCUCUUAUUCAGUACAGCUCUGAUCUCUUCCCUGAAGCUCUCUCAUUCGAGAUCCCAGAACUUCCCGAGGUCCUGGACGCGUCUCUGCCCUCUCCCGUUGUCCCAGAAAAGGGGAAACUGAGCAGAACUGUUUCCUCCUCUUCCUCCACAGCCUCCUCUUCUGCAUAUCACUUCCCUCUUUCCAAGACAAACAGCACAGCCUCUCAGGACAGUGGCGUCUCCUUCCUGGUGAAAUCUGGCUCUGUGAGCAGCCGCAGUGGCACCUCUACAUGGGGCAGCCCUGAAGCGGAGACGGCAGCACCUGCUCACCCAAACAGGACGCCCAGCAGCUCAUCCUUGACCGAUCCCAGCCCGUCUCCGGCCUCUGACUCUACAGCCGCCUGCAGCUCGACAGCAAACCAGAACCCGACUCCGCUUCCCAGAGCAGCAGGAUCUGCGACGAACUCAGGCCAGGCCCGGAGUCCCACCCAGAGGCAGAUCUCAGAACAGAACCAGCUCGAGCCAAUUUUGGAAGCACCACCAGAUUCUCCCAGGGCAUUAGUGAAGAUCGCAUCACCGUUUAAACCAAGGAGAACUUUCCCCCUGAGCAAGUCUAACCAGCCAAACGAGCAGGUCACGGUUCAGUUCUCCAAACCGAAGCUGCCGCCACCUCUCAAGAUGCAGGCCCCUCCACCCCCAACCGCACCUGCGACGGUUCCAGACACUAGGCCCCAUCCGACACCUGCACCCCGAGGACAGCAGGCCAGCAUGAAAAAGCCUCCUCCAAAAAAGCCUGGACUCAAAGCUCCAAACUGCCCUCCACCUCUUCCCCCACCGUCACAGGCAAAAGAGGUUCCUUCUAUGGCACAGUGAGAAACAAACGUCCCUCAAACAUCCAAACUUCUGUUAUUGAGUCGAGUAGAACAGCAGCUGAAACACUUUUAUAUUUUGUCAUAAAAAAAGAGAAAGAGUGCUGGGUACGCUUACAUUGCUCAGUAUGUUGAUUUUAAGUGUUGCAGAUUUUUUUUCGAUAACCAGCGUAGGAAUUUUAUUUAUUCUGAUGUUUCCCAUGGUUUUACGGUCAGAGAAAAAAAUAGACCUAUGAUAAAUGAAUUCACAGCAAAAAUAUUUUCCUGUUUUAGGUUGGAAUUGUCCAUAAAUGUACAAAACAAUUGUAUUUGUGUAAGCUAUUUUAGUGUGGGAAAACUUUUUUUUGUUCCAUGAUCCUUGAGGGUGACUCUGGUUUUGGCAUUUCACUUAUUAAACGAUACCCCACCCAUAAACCGAUAGUGGCUGUGCUCACUUUGAACAGUGCUCGAAAAUUCAAACUUUUCACAGCAGUUUUUUGGGUUUAUAGAGUGUGUCUGGAAUAUUCCUUUAAACCAACUUGAAAUGAACGCACAACUCAUUAAAAACACCUUUAUUGUCAUUUUAUAUUUUUGUAGUAUAAUCGCUGGUACUGGCUGCAGCAUAUGGAUGUGAAUUGCACUAUGUACUUACUGCAGGUGCUCAUACUGUAUGUACAUAUUCAUAGGAGGUCAGCCAAUAUCUUCAUGUGCAGCUGUAUAAAGUAACAUAUGCAUGAUGUUUCCUCUAUUUAAAAAAAGCAAUACACGGGUCAGACUUCAUAAUCAUAAAAAAGGUGCACAGAAUAUCUAUAUAGAAGGUCUGCAGCAUACAAUGCACAAUAUAUAAUUCAGGCUUUAGUUGCAUCUAGCAAAUACCAGUAUUACAUGUAGUAUUACAUUGGUCCGCGUAGUGUUAUAAAUGAGAUCUCUGAUUAUCUGAUGAGACUUUAUAGUGUAAGUUCUGGGAUUUCCCCUUUUCUUGUUAAGUAAUGUUCUUCCCUUUUUUCUCCCCUGCUAGUAUAUUCCUGAGUAAAAAGAGAUUGUAGUGAUAGCAAAAGUUUGUGUUAAGACCAAAUAUAUUUUUCCAAUCCCCCCCGACUUCCUUUCUGUGUUCUUAUUAGUAA